AUGGGACCUGGCGGACCUGGCGGUGGACCCGGUGGCCCUGGAGGUGGACCUGGUUGGGGGCCUGGCGGUGGACCCGGUGGGCCUGGAGGUGGACCUGGUUGGGGGCCUGGGCCGGGAGGACCCGGUUGGGGUCCACCAGGACCUGGAGGCUUUUUUGGUGGAUGUGCUAACGGUUUAUGCAGCCUCAUAUCUUCAUGCUUCUACUGCUUAUGCUGUUGCUGGUUGCUGCGAGAUUGCUUCGGUGGUCCACCACCACGUGGCCCUUUCUAG